UGAUCAAACUCUAUUGUUUAUUCCCAUGUCAUCGGCAUCGAUGGAAGCUUUUACAAUUUACAUUUUAUUUUUGUAAGCAAAAAAUGGGUUGAAAAUGAAAUAAAAACUAGUGUGGUUGUGAUAAAGUGAACAAUAUCCCUGCGAAUGAAACUUACGAUGUGAUCAUGGCUGCUUUUACAACAUUAUUAGUCAUAACAUUCUGGCUUCAAAGUACAAUAGUGUGUGGAUACGAAUUUAUAUCACAAUAUCCCAGUCAACAGAAUGAAACAUACUAUUUCUACCACCUUGCAGUCGAUAGAAUAAGUGGUCAAGUUUAUGCUGGAUCAUUGAAUUGGCUUCAUCAACUGAGCCCAGACCUGAAACCCAUUCAUGUAAUACGAACUGGUCCAAAACUUGACAAUCCUAUGUGUCAUGCUAGCGGUUGCACUUCGCCCGAAAUAAAAACAACAUACAUCGAUAAUGUAAAUAAAAUCCUGGUGAUAGAUCAAGAGUCAAGAAUUGUGAUAGGAUGUGGAUCAGUUGCCCAAGGAUCCUGUUUCAAGUAUAAACUGGGAGACCUGUCGGCGGAACCCGAGUUCGUGCCCGUAAGUGUGGCAGCUAACGAUGCCGAUGCCUCUACAUACGCAUUUAUCGGGCCUGAGAGAUACAACUCUUGGGACCGUGCUAAUGUUUUAUAUGUAGGCACAACAUUCACCAACAAUGGAGAGUACAGACAUGAUGUUCCAGCCAUAUCCAGCCGAGAUCUUAUGACACUAGAUCUGGCCCAGUUCACUUUCUCAAAACAGAGUUUGAUACAAAUAGAUGUUAAGUACAGAGAUAAUUUUUUAGUGCAGUAUGUGUAUGGAUUCAAUGCCAGUGAUUAUGCAUACUUCCUAAUAAUACAAAAACACUCUCAUCUUGCUGGCAAUGAAGAGCUCGGGUAUGUGUCUCGUCUGGCUCGCACCUGCGUUAAUGAUGACAACUACAACAGUUAUACGGAGGUGACAUUGGAGUGCCAUGUGCGUGAAGAAACUUCGAGUGGUAAGAGUGAAGUUGUCAAUUAUAAUCUAGUUCAAGAUGCUAAGAUAGCCAGGGCUGGUUCCAAUUUAGCCAACCAAUUGGGUAUUGAAACAGGUGACUCUGUAUUAGUUGCCCUUUUCAGUCCUUCAAGAGGUAUCACUAAUGAGCCAAUGGCUAAAUCAGCUAUAUGUGUGUUCUCCUUACAAGAAAUAGAAAUUAAGUUUAAUGAAAAUGUUCAUAUGUGUUUUAAUGGUAGUACUAAGGCACGCAAUAUGGGUUACAUAUCAGGUAUGAUAUCUGAUGGCAAAUGUCCGAGUGUAGGCACUACUGGCAAUAUACUUAAUUUCUGUGAAGUGGGUCUUAAAAUUAGUGGUCUGUAUCCAAUCAAAACAAUAUCUGUAAUUCACUGGAAUAAUACUUUAGUAACUUCUGUAACUAUGUCUGUAACUGGAUUACAUACUGUAGCUUUUCUAGGCACAAGUGAUGGUGUUUUAAAGAAAGUGUUAAUUGAUGCAGAAAAGGCAUUAGAAUAUUCUAGUGAAGAACUUCUACCUGGACAAAGGAUACUUCCUGAUACAACUCUGUCACCCUAUCAGAAAACUUUGUAUGUGUUAGCAAAGAAUACAAUUGUACAAAUACCUACUGAAAGAUGUGCAGAACAUGGUAAUUGUUCUUCUUGUUUGGAAUCCAAUGACCCUCAUUGUGGAUGGUGUUCAUUAGAAAAACGGUGUACAGUUCAAAGUAUGUGUCAGAAAGGUACCCAGAGUGCACCCAGGUGGUUGUCUCAAUACACAGGUCAGCAAUGCAUUGAUUUUGAACAAAUUUUACCUGAUAGGAUAUCAAUGAGUGAAGAAACUACUGUGCAGCUAAUUAUUAGAACUUUACCUGAAUUACCCUUUGGAGCAAAAUAUAAAUGUGUGUUUGGCAAUGCACAACCCAUUGAUGCUGCAGUUACCUCCAAUGGCCUAGCAUGCCCUACCCCAGAUGUAAAAUACCGACCUAAAAUACCUCAAAAUCAGGACCACAUUUAUGUACCCCUUUCAGUUCACUCCUCAGAGACCAAUAAAGAUUUUGUAUCCCGAAAUUUUGCUUUUUAUGAUUGCUCUAAGCAUACAACUUGUCAUUCUUGCAUUAUAAGUGAGUGGGCAUGUAACUGGUGUAUUUAUGACAAUAAGUGUACCCAUGAUGUUUCAGUAUGUCAAAGAACUAUCAUUAGUGGGGAAAAUAAUCCUACAAAACUACUGAAUCAUGGCAUAGGCCAUUGCCCACGCAUCAGGCAAUAUAAAAAGCCAAUUUUACUGCCUAACAAUGUCCCCAAGGAACUGGAACUAGAGGUGGAGAACCUGCCUCAUUUACAGCCUGGCCACACAGGAUUUCAAUGCAUAGUAAGCAUUGAACUAGCUAACAUGAUACUCCCAGCUAGAGUGGAGUCAAAUCACUAUAUUGUGUGUGACAAAACUACAUAUUCUUAUGAAGAAGAUGUGGGAGAAUAUAAUGUUAGUGUAAAAGUUGUAUGGAAUCACAAACAUUAUAUUGACACAAUAACAAUUACAUUGUACAAAUGUGAGAUACUGGGGUCCCACCGAGAUCAUGCUGAUUGCUCACUGUGUAUCACACGAAAUUCCAUAUAUCAAUGCACUUGGUGUGGUAAUUCUUGUUCCUAUAGUGAAUCUUGUCUAGAAACUCCUGUUACUGAAUGCCCUAAACCCAGAAUAGACAUGAUAAAACCUCUGAGUGGCCCAAUAGAAGGAGGCACUACUGUAACAAUAGAAGGAAGUAACUUGGGCCUAAGAGUAGAGGAGGUCACUGGAAAAGUGCGCAUUGGCGAUGUAUUGUGUGAUAUAGUUGAUUUUGAGGUAUCAGUCAGUAUCACUUGUAAAACAGGCCCUUCCAAUGGAUCAAUGGUUGCUCCAGUUAUUGUAGAAAAUGAUGCAGGAUAUACAGAAUCAUCAGUUUUGUUCAGCUACAAAAAUAUAAAAUUACAAGGCAUCUAUCCUGCUGUAGGACCUGUGUCAGGCGGAACACAAUUAGCUAUUGGUGGACAGCAUUUAAAUAUUGGUUCAUCUGUAUCAGCUUAUUUGGAUGAUUUAUCUUGUUCUGUAAACAAAACACAAACAUCCAAUAGUAGAUUAAUUUGUAUAACUCCCAAGACAAAUGCUCCACAUGUGAUUCAUACAUUGACUGUUUCUAUAGAUAAUGCUAAUCGCUCUCUUAAUGGAGAUCUUUUUAACUACACUGCUGAUCCUACUAUAAUGGAAAUAAAACCACUUAAAAGUUUUGUGUCUGGUGGAAGAAUGAUAACAGUACAUGGCACUAAUCUUCAUACUAUUCAAAAACCUUUAAUGAAGUUAUAUUAUGCCAAUGAAGAAAUUCCAGUCAACUACACUGCCUGUACUGUAUUAAAUUCAAAUCAAAUGGAAUGUCCAAGCCCUGCAAUAAAUGCAAAAUAUCAUGAUAUAUUACAAGCAACCAAAUCUCAAACAAGUACCCCACAGAUAGCAAUGAAAGUUGGAUUUGUAAUGGAUAAUGUAGAGACUAUGCAUGAUUUAGAAAAAUAUUUUAAUCCUCCUAGAACUCACAUGGUUUUUGUGGAAGAUCCCCAUGUAUACCAGUUUCCAAACAGGAUAAAAUCAUACAAAGGUGGUGAUCCUCUUGUGAUUGAGGGUGAGAAUUUGAUUAGAGCUAGUGAUGAAUCAGAUGUGGUCGUAACAAUCGGCACUCAGCCCUGUAAUGUGACAAGCUUAACAAUGCAACAGCUUCUUUGUACACCUCCUCAAAUACAACCCUCUAACACAGAUGAAAAUGGAGUGCAAGUUUUGGAAAUAAACUUACCCUUAGUUGUGGUGAAAGUUGGAAAAAAUCUAAGAUUUCCUAUUGGAUACCUUCACUAUGAAUUAAUGAGAAAUUAUAAUUUCCCACCAGAAGCUAUUGCAGGGAUUGCUGCUGGAACCUUCUUUUUAGUCUUAAUUUUUAUGAUUGUAUUGGUUAUGUACAGAAGGAGGAGCACAAAGGCAGAAAGGGAAUAUAAGAGAAUACAAAUACAAAUGGACACCCUUGAAAGUAAUGUCAGAUUAGAAUGUAAACUUGCUUUUGCAGAAUUGCAAACUGAUAUGUCAGAUCUGGCAGCAGAUUUGGAACAUUCAGGUAUUCCAACUCUUGAUCAUGUGAAUUAUGUCAUGAAAGUAUUUUUCCCUGGAGUUUCAGAUCAUCCUAUUUUAAAUGUGCAAAGUCAAUUUAUUAAUGCUCCUAGGACAAAUUACGACGCAGCUAUGAUUCAAUUUGAACAACUUUUGAAUAAUAAAUGUUUCCUUCUGUCAUUUAUAGACACAUUAGAAGCACAAAAAUCUUUUAACAUUAGAGACAAAGUAAAUGUAGCUUCUUUGCUGAUGAUUAUACUUAUGGGCAAGAUGGAAUAUGCCACGGAUAUAUUGAAGUCACUAUUGUUGCGCCUAAUAGACAAAUCCAUUUGUAACAAGCACCCUCAGUUAAUGCUAAGGAGAACAGAAAGUGUUGUGGAGAAAAUGUUAACAAACUGGAUGGCUUUGUGCAUGUAUUAUUAUUUAAAGGAUUAUGCUGGCUCUUCAUUAUUUUUAUUGUUUAAAGCCAUUAAACAUCAAAUCGAAAAAGGGGUGGUUGAUGCCAUAACACAUGAGGCACGGUACUCUCUAUCAGAAGAAAAACUUUUAAAAGAACAAAUAAACUAUCAAACUAUUACUUUACACAUUGUACAAGAUGAUUUUGACGAUAAGGUUCAAUGUAAAGUUUUAGACUGUGAUAGCAUAUCACAAGUAAAAUCAAAAAUACUAGAUGCUCUCUUUAAAAAUACUCCAUUUUCGUUACGACCUUCCGUCCACGAAGUUGAUCUUGAAUGGCGCCAUGGAAGAGGCGGACACGUAACUCUGCAAGAUGAAGACCUUACGACAAAGACGCUGAACGGCUGGCGGAAACUCAAUACCUUAGCUCAUUAUGGCGUCAAAGAAUCCGCAGUGAUGUCUUUAAUAUCACGCCAAAACGACAGUUUCAACACUGCAUACAAAAUUCCAUGCAAGAAUUGUACUGGUAUUUAUUGUUCAAAUUCGCAUAUACGAGUGUAUAAUAGCGAUAUCACUGAUCAAAACGUACAUUAUUAUCACUUGGUUAAACCCAUUGAGUAUCAGCACAUUGUUAACAAAUCGUCAGAACAUAGCCACAAAGCUAUCCCAGAGAUAUUCCUCACCAGGCUUUUGUCCACCAAAGGAACAGUGCACAAGUUUGUUGACGACUUCUUUAGUACUGUCCUCACUGUAAACGAAGUUUUACCACCAGCUGUGAAGUGGUUGUUUGACUUGUUUGAUGAUGCUGCCAGAGCACAUGGCAUAAUGAAUCCAGAGGUAGUUCAUGCUUGGAAGUCAAAUAGUUUACCUCUAAGAUUUUGGGUAAAUCUUAUAAAAAAUCCCGAUUUCAUAUUUGAUAUCAACAAAACGGCUACUGUUGAUUCAUCACUAUCAGUAAUCGCACAAACAUUUAUGGAUGCCUGUUCUUUGACGGAGCAUCGAUUGUGUAAAGAUUCGCCAUCAAAUAAAUUAUUGUUUGCAAAAGACUUGCCCACGUACAGAGAAAUGGUUAUUCAGUUUUAUCAAGCAGUCUCGCAAUUACCUCAAGUUACAGACCAAGAAUUAAGUACUUCUAUGCAACAACUCUCUGUAGAACAGUUAAAUGAGUUUGAUACUCUGUCUGCCUUAAAAGAGUUGUACAUUUAUGUCAGUAAGUAUAGAGAACAAAUUAUAUUAGGACUAGAAAACAAAAUGCACUUAGCUCAUAAAUUAGAUAAUAUAGCAUGCACUAUGGAAGGAGAUCCCACAUCUAUAUGCUGACUAUAUGACACUGUAAGUAACGAUUUAAUUGCAUUUACGUAAUUUAUUUAUACAAUAUCUAUUUUGUAAAAAAGCUUUAAUUUAUUCUGAAAAUACUCAGAUUUAAAACCGAUGUAAAAAGACUGUAAAAUAUCAGUUUCACAAAUCUAGGUAGGGAGUUAAAAUAUUUUUUUCCAGUGGUUAUAAGAUAAUUGACCCUAAAACAUAUUUUAAGGACACUGUAAAAGUAUUGUUAUAUUUUUUGUAAGUAAGAUGAAAAUGCACUCAUGUUGUACUAUUGGCAUGUAUGUAAAAAAUUAUUAAUUAAGUAGCCAUUAUUAUUUGUAUGCAUUUACCUCCCAGAUGCCAUAACUUCGUGUCCAUGCUAUUUUAAUGAUUUUGAUAUUAUAAUAAUGCUCUCUUUUUAUUUUACAAAUAGUACCUAUAGAUCUGGUGUUAAAUUUAUUUUAAAAUAUUGUAAAUUAAGAUUGUAUGUAUCUAAAUACUUAUCUAUUGAUGUGUAAUAAUAUGCUAAGUUGUAUGUGUAAAAAAGCUAAUUCUUAAGGAAAAUGUUGUGAUAUUUGUAUUUGGAAUAUUGAUAUUAUCAUUUUAUUACUUUAUCCAAUUAAUUUCAACUGUAAAUUAGUCCAUAUUGUAUUAUAGCAAUCAGAAUCUCAAUUAGUAUGUUUGUAUGUAAACCUAAUAUGGUCUAAUUUCUGAAGUCGGUGGGUGAUCGGAGAGGGGCGGAGUGCGAGUUACCCACACAUCUCCGUUCUCUCUCGGACCGCGCUGCUUUAGCAGGUAGGUGAUUCAAACCAUUUGAUAACUUGAUUUAAAAUUUUUGUAUGCCAUUUUUUUUACCGAAUCUUACGACAACCGAGUCUACCGUAACUCGCGCGAGGUUCUGAACCGCCUUGAUGGAGCCGACACGGUUGAACAGUAGCAGCUUCUCAAUUUCAUGUCUUGUAUUUGUUUGAUCUCAUAUUUUUAUUGCUCAAAUUUUGUUAAUAUUUAAUUAUGUAUCAUGCCAUGACACGUUUCUUUGCAAAAUUGUAAUAUUCCAUUUACAAAAUAUUUUAAGCUAGGCUUAGGUUAAUUAAAAUUAAGGCAGCGUAAAUUCACCCGUCUCUUAAAGUUUUAUAUUAUUACUUAGAAUAUACUUAUUUAUCAAUCUUUUUGUAAUGAAUAAUUUGAACAUGAAUGGGAUAAAAAGUAAAAAAUCGCAUUAUUAUUUCGACAUCAAUUUUUAUUGACACAUAAAUAUACCAUAAAUCCAUGAUGUACCUAUGUAUUCUAAGCAGAUUUAAGCACGUUCAAUAUUACAAACUGUCCACUCCGCCGAUUUAAAACAAAUAGACACAACACAAAUUGUGCUUUUAACAAGUUUGUACUUUCACGCAUAUUUAUAUAUUAAUAAAUAGUUCAACAA